CGGACGUUGCCGUCGCACUGUCGUUCCCGCGUUCCGAGGGGUUAAAUCAGGAAUGUUGAGCCGUUGAAGAGACUAUCUAGCGUCUAAAGGGGCUUCAGGCCCGGCGAUCUCCUGAAUUGAAUAACAGCGAUCGUUGAUGAGGGCCAGCUGGCCUAGCGUUUGUGUGCUUCCAGACUCUCCACCGACUCUUCAAUCUGCUUUCCCAGGGGUUUAUUCCCAACUGGAACCACUCUUUAUCAUACCACCCGUGAUCAUACGUCUGGAUUGUCUACGAAGCCGACACAGAGUGGAGGCUGCUUGCCAGACACAGCCCUACGGGGACAGGCGGUGGAUCGUCGGUCUAUACUCUGCAGGUAUGUUCAGCGCAAACACUAAACUUGUUUACAACUAAAAUCGGAGCAGACAUCAGCGAGAAAUAAGAACAUGGCUUGAUUGUCGAUUAUUAGACUGAAAGACGUCCAGACGACGGAG